AGUGUUUUGAGCGAUUUCAAAAUGGCGUUACAAUCACCCUGUAGGUGAAGUGAGUGAUCGGUGAGUUUUUGCCGUGGUAUGUGGUGUUUUACAUGUUUUUCUAACAAAUGCUUUUAAAAAACAUCACCGGACACAUUUCUCGAGUGUUCGUAUUCCUUCUCAGCGACCAAGAAGCUCCAAGUUCAUCAUUUCCUUCGUGUCACCGUUGUGUUACUGUUUCGAAGCCUAAAUGCAGGCUACACUGGCAUCUUCCAUGAUAGGAGCUAAGCCUAAAACACUGGGCUUUUAACCCUAACGCUUUCAGUAUCGCCGCAAAAACCCACUGGUUGUCUGUGAAAUCUGAGUGCUCGCAAGAAGUGCAUCAUUCAAAGUGGACCUUCCACGGACUGCGAGUGUUCAUUGUGAAAUACCUGUGUUACAGAAAUUACGCUGGGUAUGUAAUCAGUGACACAAUUUGCAAAGAGUGCACGGGAACCUGACGUCGUUUGCAAGCAGCGACGACCAUGGCGGACACAAGAAGACGUGUAAAAUUGUACGCCUUAAAUGCCGAAAGACAGUGGGACGACCGUGGCACAGGCCAUGUGUCGUCUUCCUAUGUGGAAAGACUGAAAGGCAUGUCUCUGCUGGUCCGUGCAGAAGCAGACGGAACCAUAUUGUUAGAAUCAAAAAUUCAACAGGACACAGCAUACCAAAAACAACAGGAAACGUUGAUAGUAUGGUCAGAAGGAGAAAACUACGACCUGGCCCUCAGCUUUCAGGAGAAAGCAGGCUGCGACGAAAUCUGGGAAAAGAUAUGUCAGGUGCAGGGCAAAGACCCGUCAGUGGACAUCACACAAGAUGUCGUAGAGUCGGAGGACGAGCGGCUGGAUGACACGGGGGGUGACAGCAACGGAGGAAUCGAUCUCCCCCCUUGCGAGGUGGGGCGGUUGGAAGAGAUCGCGGAGCUCCUCCAGAGUUGCCUCCCGUCACCCAUGAGGAGAGAAAAGUUGGCCGUUGCCCUGGAGACGGACAACUACAUCAGGCAGCUGCUAGCGCUGUUCAGGACGUGCGAGGAACUGGACGACCGGCAGGGCCUACAUCAGCUGUACGACAUCUUCAAAGGCAUCUUCCUGUUGAACAAAAAUGCGCUGUUUGACGCCAUGUUCGCGGAUGACGUCAUCCUGGACGUGGUUGGUGUCCUGGAGUACGAGCCCACCACGGUAGCGGCGCAGCGCAGACGGCAUAGGGACUACCUUCGUCAGGUGUCGCGCUUCCGCGAAGUGAUCCCGUUGGGCAACCCCGAGUUGCUGGCGAAGAUCCAUCAGACGUACAGAGUGCAGUACAUCCAAGAUGUUGUCCUCCCGACACCCUCGGUGUUUGAGGACAACAUGCUGUCCACCCUCUCUUCAUUCAUCUUCUUCAACAAGGCAGACAUAGUCUCAAUGCUGCAGGAGGACGAGCGCUUCCUGAGCGAGCUGUUUGCGCAGCUCACCGACGAAGCGACGGACGACGACAAACGUCGUGACCUGGUGCUCUUUCUCAAGGAGUUUUGUACAUUUUCACAGACGCUACAACCACAGUGUAGAGAAUCAUUCUUUAAAACACUUUCAAAUUUAGGCAUCCUUCAAGCAUUGGAAAUCACAUUGGGUAUGGAUGACCCAGUCAUCAAGACAGCAUCCAUCGACAUCCUCUCCUACUUAGUGGACUUCAGUCCGUCCAUGGUGCGCGAGUAUGCGCUACUGCAGUCCAACAUGCAAGACGACGAUCAACUCCUCAUCAACGUCAUAAUUGAACAGAUGAUCUGCGAUCCAGAUCCGGAGCUCGGUGGAGCAGUGCAGCUAUCCGGCAUCCUCCGGAUGCUGCUCGACCCAGAGAACAUGCUGCCCACGGAGACGAAGUCGGACUUCUUUAGCUUUUUCUACAAGCACUGUAUGCACGUUCUCAUCGCACCAGUCCUGGCCAACACAACGGGCGAGACGCCCAGUAAAGAGAUGAAUCAGACGGCGCAACUGCUGGGCCUGAUUGUCGAGCUACUCUCCUUCUGCGUGGAGCACCACACGUACCACAUCAAGAACUACGUCCUCCACAAGGACCUUCUCCGCAGAGUCCUUGUGCUGAUGCAGUCCAAGUUCACCUUCUUGGUGCUGUGCGCCCUCCGUUUCAUGCGCAAGAUUGUAGGCCUCAAGGAUGAGUUCUACAACCGAUACAUUGUCAAUGGAAACCUGUUCGCUCCCGUCGUGGAUGCCUUCCAGCGCAAUAAGGGUCGUUACAACCUGCUCGACUCUGCCAUCAUCGAGCUAUUCGAGUUCAUCCGAGUGGAAGACGUUCGCUCUCUGUGCUCGCACGUUGUCGAGCGCUACGGUAAAGUGCUCGACAAGGUGGACUAUGUGCAGACGUUUAAGAGCUUACGUCUGCGCUAUGAACAGCAUCAGGACCGGUUGAAAGAAAGACCUUCUCUGGAAAGUAUGCCCUCCAUACUGCGCAACACGCGGUUUCGAAGAGAUCCGCGGCAGUUAGAGGAGGAAGAAGAGAUGUGGUUUAAUGAAGACGAAGACCUAGAGGACUCCUCGGACCAAAUAUCUGCUGCGGACUCACUCAACAGGAAGUUGGACGCAGAAUUCGACCAACUCGGCAAGAUGCUCGACAAGAAGGCGCGAGAGAGCGAAGGGAAAGAGAAUGUGCGCACGUUGAACAGAGCUGGAUCUCCUGUGCUGAACAACAGCAGUCCGGGGCGAAGAAGUCCGUCAGCCAAUCCGGCCUCUCCGCUCAGUCCAACCGUGGUGGAAGUGAAGUCACCUGUAUUAUCGCGGAAGGGUGGCCUCGUGGACUAUCCGGACGAAGACUCUGACGAAGAGGAGGAAGAGGAGGAGGAGCAGGGCGCAGGACUGCCUUCUGCGAAGAGGCCCCGUCUAUCGUCUUAGCGCAAUGUCAGCAACACCUGUUGAAGCAAGAAUAAGCACUCUGUACAGCAGAGGACGAUGCGCAACACGUGUCGUGAGGCUGCUCCCUCCGAAAGUGCAGUGCCACGGACCAUCGGCGCGCAUUCCGCGACCCCCUCCCCCCGUGUCACUGCCCGCCUACACGACUGAUCGAUCUCUCUCUCUCUAUCUAUCUCCCUCUCCUACCAUGCGCAUAUUCUGCUGGCUUUUGUACAUAGUUAUACAUACAUAGAUAUUCUAUAUACACAAAAUGACGUAUACAUACAUAUAUAUAUAUAACAAUUUAUAUAUAUAUAUAUAUUGCGUAUCAUCAAAGCUGCCACAGUGCAUUGACACGCGAGGAAAAAAAAAAAAAGAAGAGAAAGAGGACUGCCCCUCCCCCUCACGGACGACGUCUGCAGUGACUCGCGAGGGCCGUGAAAAUGACGACGGAUCACCCCAGGUUCGUCGGGGAAGCAAGCCUUAACGGGGCGCAGAACGCUGCCCACCUUCUCGUAUUUUCUCAGCCCAGUGUUGGAACUGUGCGCGGCACCCCGGGUGAACACGGAGUUGUCGGAAAGUAGAAUUCUAGGAGAGCUUGCACUACGGGACAGUUCUUUUUAAGUUUGAGCGGACAGCUACGCGGCUGGCAUCUGCGCCCUGUUUUCCCAAGAUGCGAAACAUCUAUUCCCUUCUUUCCUCUGUUUUGUUUUCCUCCCCGUAGUUGUUGGCUCUUUUUCACAUGCGGAGGUGGGACGCGCGAGGAUCAUCUGUUGAGACCAUCGACGAAAGGGCGUCGAUGACGUGCCGUCGCCGAGUGUCGCGCGUGACUGAGAGGGUGGUGCCAGAAAUUGGUGACGACAUUUUGGGUCGACUGUCUCCCUUCCCCUCCUGUCGCUCCCCAAGUUGCUUCUCUCAAGACAGCAUAAAGACAAAGUGUGUUUGGCGGCAGAGGUAGGGAAAAUGUGUCUGUAGAAAAUAUUCCUGGUGUUGUUCUUUUUAUUAUAAUAAAAGCUGUUGUUUCGGCUGUGCCCAGAAA